AGAUUCGAUCUUUGGCUCUGCUAAUUCUUUCCCAUAACAUCUUUCCACAAUCUAGUUUUUCCCGACAAUGUCGUCUGGGUACCCAGGCGGUGCCGAUUUUUACAACUCUGCUGGGAUCGGCCGAGGUUCGGCCGUGAUUAACAAUGACCAAGUUCGGUAUCGAUCUCAACUGGGAGGUAUUCUCCUUGACGGGUCUUCAACAGCAAUCCUUCCUCGUCAAACCGAUAUGGUUGCAAAAAGACCUCUUUCAGAACUAGAGAUACAGCAACAGUUGCAAAAACAACAACAACAACAGCAACAGCAGUUGGGAGCGGGAGCCUUUCUCAGGUCCGUCAAACAGAGGAGUUACCAUUAUGCAUCUCCUAUAUCUCCUCUUUCUCCGGUCGAUUUCUCACCGCCGGACUUCUCCGGUGCUGCAGCUCUUGCCGCACCGUCGUCGACUUUAUCAGGAAGGUAUGGUCUUCCCCUUUUGCAACAGCUUCGGUCGCAUUCCAUUAACCCCAACAACCACCACCAAAGCAAUAUCCCUUCUUUGCCCGGAUUAUCCUUCAGUAAUUGUCUACCGCCCAACAACAAUCGAGCCGUGGUUUUAGAUUCGGAGCCUGAAUCAGAGAAAAAGAUGAGGAACCAGCUUCAAGAGCUGGAGAAACAGCUCUUAGAUGAUAUCGAUGAAGAUGAAGGAGAUGCCGGUUCGGUUAUUACCAACAAUAAUAGUGAGUGGAGCGAAACCGCGAACCUGAUUACCACCCCCAUUCAGAAGCAGAACCAGAAGCCUCUCUCGCCUUCCUCGACCUCAUCAUCGUCUUCGUCUUCGUCAUCCUCUUCUUUAACGUCGCCAUAUUCUUGUUCUUCGAAACAGUCUUUGCUUGACGCCGCUGCCGCCAUUUCCGAAGGGAAGAUGGAAGCAACGACGGCGACUCUUGCGAGGCUGAAGCAAGUCUCGAACGCGAGAGGCGAUCCGGAGCAGAGGUUGACGGCUUACAUGGUCUCUGCUCUCCAGUCCCGAGGUAACCCAGCUGAGAAUCCUCCACCGGUGGCGGAGCUCUGCAGUAACGAGCACGUGAAUGCAACGCAAAUGUUGUAUGAGGUGUCCCCUUGUUUCAAGCUUGGGUUCAUGGCGGCCAAUCUUGCCAUCUUAGAAGCAACGAGCGACCAACCCAAUAAUGUACACGUCGUCGAUUUCGACAUCGGACAGGGCAGCCAGUACAUGACACUCAUCCAUGCCUUUGCCGAGCGACAAUCGGGCAAGCCCAUCGUCGUUAAGAUCACCGCCGUCAUCGAACCUGGCAGCAGCAACUACAACGAGGACGGAUUAGGAUUACGAGUGGUGGGUGAUCGGCUGAAAAAACUAGCGGAGCGAGUGGGUGUCAAUCUUAAAUUCAACGCCGUGAGUCGGAAAAUGGCUGAUCUGGACAGGGAAGCAUUGGAGAGUGACGCCGACGAGGCGCUGGCGGUGAAUUUCGCAUUCUGGCUGUACAGAAUGCCAGACGAGAGUGUGUCGACGGAGAACCGUCGGGACCAAUUGCUGAGAGUGGUGAAGAAGUUGUGCCCUCGGGUGGUGACGCUAGUGGAGCAGGAGAUGAAUGCCAACACAGCACCCUUCGGUGCUCGGGUAGCCGAGGCCUCCGUGUACUACGGUGCUCUGUUUGACUCGCUCGACGCCACCAUGGCUCGGGACGGCGCAGUGCGAAUUCGAGUGGAGGAAUGCUUGGGGCGGAAGGCGGCCAACACGGUUGCAUGCGAGGGGUGGGAGAGGGUGGAGCGGUGCGAGGUGUUUGGCAAGUGGCGGGCUCGGAUGGGGAUGGCCGGCUUCGAGGCGAGGUCUCUGAGUCAACAGAUGUCCGAGUCUUUGCGUUCCAAACUCAGCGAAAUGACUCGGAACCAUCCGGGUUUCACCAUUAAGCAAGAAGGCGGAGGGAUCGUUUUCGGGUGGAUGGGUCGAGUGCUUACUGUAGCAUCCGCAUGGCGUUAAUAAUUCUCGAUACUAAAUACUAAU